AUGGCAUCAACCAGCCAGGCCCCGAAAUCCAUUGCCAUUAUCGGCGCUUCUCUCACAGGAUUGAUUCUCACACUCUCCUUGAUCCACCAUGAGCUUUACUCGCCCGAGACCAUCACCGUCUUUGACUCACGACAGCGCGACACCCCAGACGCGGCCAACUCGAGUGGCGUGGUCCUUACACCCAAUGGACUCCGUAUCCUCGAUCAGCUAGGGGUUCUUCCUCGCUUCGCCCACCUCUGCUGGUUGUCAGACUAUCGCACGUACAAGAACGACCGGGGAGAAACACUGCGAAAAACUCUCAUCGCCAAUGAGCGUCUCUACGGAUAUAAGAAUCAUCGUGUAUGGCGACGAGUCCUGCUGCAGACCCUGUUGGAGAUGGUCGAGGAGAAAGGGGUGAUGAUUUACUGGGGGGCCAAGUUUGACCGAGUGCUAGAUGAAGGAGUCCAAGGAGUCAGGUUUCUAGUCAAUGGCGAGGAAAUUUUGGCGGGCAUGCUGAUUGGCGCUGACGGCAUCUAUUCUAGCGUCAGGAAAUACAUUCAUCCGCAUGUCCAGCCAGAAUAUACGGGCGUGAUGGGGGUUUUGAGCCAUAUUCAAUGGGACGCUGUGCCGUGGCCAUCACCCGACCAUGAGCGAGCAUGCACCAUCCAGGGAAAACCUGGUGCGUUGGUGCUCAUGCCCGAGGACCGAGAGGGAAGUGUGAUUAUGGUGGCAACACAGGCCAAGAUGGAGGAUAGAAGUCGAGAGGAGUGGCUAGAGAUGGCCCACGACAAGGCCGGCAUGGCUCGAUUCUUUCAAAGAGGAUAUGAAGAUUGGGGUCCGACUGGGCGCCAUGUCAUCGACGCCGUGUGUCGAAGUCCAGACACCAUGUAUCUGUGGCCGUUUCUACGCAUGGCACGGCUGGACAGGUGGGCUUCGGAAAAGGGUCGGGUGGUGAUAUUGGGAGACGCCGCACAUGCUCUGCCACCGAGUUCGGGCCAGGGAGUCAGUCAGACUCUUGAGGACGUGGAUACCUUGUCAAGGCUUCUAAAGGCACAACCGCGGAAUUUGAUACGGACACUAGGAUUUUGGCAGAGGCUUCGUCAGGAUCGGAUCGAUGCCGUAUUCAACUGGGCAACGAAUGUGACCAAUGUGCAACGAGCCCCUCAAGCAGACCGUGACCUUCUGAUUCAGCAAGGCAAGGCAAAGGAUGCAGACACCACUCAGGGGUUUGAUGAUAUGGCAUGGCUAUAUCGUUCCAAUGCUGAUGAGGAGAUCGAACCGUGGCUCCGCGCAGAUGCUUCAGACUGAGGAGGAUACCAGAGAGUGAUGGUGACGAUUGUCAUUGUUAUUGUCGACUGGAAGAGAUGGAAGAUAUUGUCAUUGAUUGAGGCUAGGUGGU